GAAGGAAAUUUAGGACAUAAACAGUGACACAACCAAAAUUGGGUAUCCGUUCCACUUGCAUUGCAUCAUGAUUUAGGAAUCUCAACUACAUAGACAAAAGUGGCAGAAUCAAUUUUGCUAUCCUCUGACAUAUAAACCAUAAUCAAAUUGCCAAGUUAUUAGUACUUUUAAAAGUGACAUUGGAGAAAAAGUUUUUUUUUCCUCCCUCAGAUAAUGAAGAGUAUGAGAUUAGUUUUCUUGUUUCUUUUUUCGAUAGCGUGGUGUCCGGACUAACUUUCACGAACUUCUACUAAAUGUACAGAUACCUCACACCAGCACAUAACUCUCUCAACCAAGAAGAGUAUGAGAUUACUAAUGACGUAAAAAGACAUUCUCUGAUAAACAUCCCUAUCAUUGAUGAAACUUACCGCUGACAAGAAUUUGUCCUAGUACAUGGUGGAAACUGGGGAAGGUUGAUUCUUUCCUCCUUAUAAAUUCCCUUUUUUCUCUCCCCCUACUCAGUCUACUGCUGGCUAAGGAGUUGUACAAAAGCAUAACAUGGAAAUUUUACCAGGAGCAAGAGAGCAUCUUUUGGCUUCGAAUGGGAAUGAAAAUGGACUUGAAGAAAACCAAGAAAUCAAGAUUCAGGUUAGGGGUCUUACAAAGGUGUCGGAGAAGGGUGUUUGUAUAUUGAACAAUGUGAACGUUGACAUACCCAAAGGUAUAAUCAUGGGUGUUAUAGGACCAAGUGGUAGUGGAAAAUCAACCUUGUUGCGAUCACUCAAUCGAUUGUGGGAGCCCCCUUCCAAUACUGUGUUUUUGGAUGGUCUAGAUAUAUGUGAUGUGGAUGUGCUCGCUCUCCGUCGUAAGAUUAGCAUGCUGUUUCAGCUCCCUGUUCUCUUUGAAGGUACUGUUGCUGAUAACGUACGAUAUGGGCCACAAUUAAAAGGACAGAGACUAAGUGACAAUGAGGUGUACAAGUUGCUGACUCUAGCUGACCUGGACUCAUCUUUCUUCAACAAAUCUGGUGGGGAACUCUCUGUUGGUCAAGCACAGAGAGUUGCGCUUGCUAGGACUUUGGCUAAUGAACCAGAGGUUCUGCUGCUGGAUGAGCCAACAAGUGCACUGGAUCCAAUAUCAACUCAGAACAUUGAGGAUGUUCUUGUAAAGCUGAAGAGGGAGCAGAAUAUGACCAUUGUGAUGGUUUCGCAUAGCAUCAAACAAAUAAAGAGAAUAGCUGACAUAGUAUGCUUGCUUGUCAAUGGGGAGAUUGUAGAAAUUUUAAAGCCUGACCAACUCUUUGAAUCUAAACAUCCCAUGGCACAGAGAUUUCUUGAGCUCAGCUCCUAAAAACCGUCUCACAACGCCCACUCCCUCUUUCUGGAUAUCCUAUGUUUUGUCACAAAACUUUUAUGUAUUAGCUCUUGGACGUGAAGUACUUCAUUUAUCAUAAAUAUACCCUUGUUAUCACCACUGUAAUGUUCUGCAGAUUGAGUAGCAAUUGGUCAAGCAGUUGAGACUUUCCUUGUUUAAAGAAGAUCUAAAUAUACAUACAUCCUAUACAAUGUAUAGGUCCAGCUAGUUUGUUUUGAUUA